UAUUUUUGGAAGUCCGUGAAGUCGGAUUUAAUUUUACAUUUUUUGUACGUAGAAAAGUGCCUAAUUUAUAGAGAAACCUUGUUUUAGUCACAAUCCUCAUAUCUAGUUUGGAAUAACAGUGAAUUACAAGGAGUAUAUACCCCUAAUUACAUCUAAACGGUGCGCCUUCAAUAUUUGGCUUGAGUCUGAACAAUACAUAACAUGGUGCUAGAAAUAAAAUAAGAUGAGUACCGACAAUUGUUUGGUAAAGGCAAUAUACUCAUUUAAAGGCAAAAACAAUGAUGAAUUGUGCUUCAAAAAGGGUGACAUUAUCACCGUCACCCAGAAAGAAGAAGGUGGUUGGUGGGAAGGCACCUUAGGGGAGACUACAGGCUGGUUUCCUAGCAACUAUGUGACUGAAUUUAAAGAUCCAACAGGCUCAGUGACAACAUCACCAAUCCGGGCACCAUCAGAAAUCCAAGCCUUCAGAAAUGUUGUACUCAAAGACAUCAUUGACUCUGAGAAGGCUCACGUGGCUGAGAUGCAGGGCCUGGUCAGCAACUUUCUGCAGCCCUUGGAGAAGAGUGACAUGCUGACAAAGGAUGAGUUCAAGCAGCUAACAGGCAACAUAAGCGAAGUGCUUCAAAUUCACGAACAAUUUCUCGCCCUUCUAGAAGAAUGCGCCACGAAAACAGGGCCUGACCAAAGAGUGGGCGGUCUCUUUCUACAAUGGGCGCCAAAAAUCAAGGCUGUGCAUCAAACAUACUGCUCUGGACAUCCAAAAGCUGUUUGUAUUUUGGACAAAUACAAAGAAAAACUGAACACUUGGAUGGAGAAUGCAGGUGCGGUGUGUCCAGGAGUGUUAGUAUUGACGGCUGGUCUGUCCAAGCCAUUCCGACGGCUGGGCAAGUACCCGGCUAUGCUGCAAGAGCUAGCUCGUCAUGUGCAUGAAGCACAUCCUGAUAGAGGAGAUACCCACCGCGCCUCCGUCGUUUAUAAGGACAUCGCUAGUGGUUGCGCAGCAUUGAGACGCCAGAAAGAGCUGGAGCUCCAAGUAGUGACGGGGGAGGUCCGCGGGUGGCCCGGCGGGGAGCUAUCCUCGCUAGGGGACGUACUCCACAUGGGCAGUGUGGCUGUAGGCCCCUCGCACCAGGACCGGUACCUCGUUCUCUUCCCUUCUGCACUACUUCUGCUUUCGGUCAGCAAGAGAGUGUCCGCCUUUGUUUAUGAGGGCUGUCUUCCAUUGACCGGUAUCACAGUAUGUAAACUAGACGAUACAGAUACGAGAAAGAAUGCAUUUGAAAUUAGUGGACCAAUGAUAGAUACGAUAGUAGCCGUGUGCCAAACGAGAGCCGAAGCGGACAACUGGGUGAGCUUGCUGCAAAAGCAUUCGAACACCAGUAGCCCGUCACACGAGCCCAGCCAACCGCAGUCCUUACCACAUCUGACCCGCUCUCCCUCCGAAGGGGCGUUGUCUAGCAUCAACUCUAGCCGUCGCAGCCUCUAUCACGUCACGCUGCCGCCACCUAGUUACCCUUCUGCCUCACCCUAUUACUCUCUAACAAAGUAUUUUGCGAGACUCGUUAAGAAAAAAGUUAUAACAAGACAAAUGUUACGCAAGCUUUUACAUGAGAGAACGUGGGCUAAAGCGUUCGAGUUAACGGGAAUGCCGGUAAUGCGACGACAUAAAAAUCGAAUCAGGUUAAGGAUUGGGGAUGACGGUACUAUUGGAACUGAGACGGAUUGUUCUGAUAGCGACAGUGAAAGAGAAACUGAUACCACCGAGUCUUAUGCUAGUUCGAGUUGUACAGAUGCAGAGAUGGCAAGUGGGUCGAAAAUUCACAGACAAGAUGCAAUGGACACCAGUAGUCCUAGAACGAUGUCCGCUUCAUGUAGUAGUUGGGGCAGUAACUUCGGCUACGUUCGCUAUGGCGACAACUCUGCUGACGUCAAUCUUGAUCUUUCCGAACCAACUGUCAAAGGAGAUUGUACUAAAAAUCUUUUCCAAUUGACGUCCUCUAACACGGACAUAUACAAAGCACUCAAUGCCGACAAUGACACGCGGUUCCUCGCGUCUUGCCCUCAUGUUAACAAUAGUCUACAUCCCCCUAUGCAACAUUCCGAAAGCACCGAAAAUUCAAGUUUUGAAGCCAGGCCUUACUUAGCCUGUGAGGACUUAGUAAACAUGGAUCAGAACACACAAUUAACUGGCAAUACGCUUGGUAACGAGGAAAUAGAAUUUAUCCCGACUAGGCGAAGUUUCCCGAAUUUAAGCGCCAAAAAUGACUCUGUUCAGAAACUAUGGAAAUCCACCGAAGAAAAUUACUGUCGAGAUGAUAUUGAUGACGAAUCUUUGAAGUACGAUUUAUUGCAACUUUUGGACCCGCCAGCAUCGCCCAAAUAUUAUCGAGACUAUAACCCGGUAGAAUCCAUAAUAUUAGACCCCCCUCCAAUGUUCCGAAAUGAAGAUGAUGACAUGAAAGUUAUCAACGUCAAUCUGAAUACCAAUAUACCCUUCCGCAAGCAUUCACUUAAUUCGGACAAAAAAAUUAGACGAUCUGUGUCGAGGUCAAUGGUUGAAGAAAAUUUCAAUAGAACUGAAGACACUCGCAUACAACGAAUGAGUUCGCAAUCGGAAAAUCAAGCAGUUCAUAAGAAAUGUGAUUGUUGUAACAGAUCUAUGUGCCCAAGUCCGCGAUCUUCAGAUUCGGGUGUAGUGGGAAGUUGCAAUCUGGCUUCACCAGAACUACAGAUGCAUACUGGCAACGAUUCUGACGGCCAUGAUAAAAGUUCCGAGCUUCUUAAAGAUUCCCUCACCAACCUAUCCCAAGAUACUUUCGACGGUGACCGCCGGAAGAAACUAACGUUGUCGGAAAUAGAAGCAGCAAGAUUUGAAGAUCAAUGCAGGUGUACAUCGCCCUUUGGGUCUACAGCUAGAACAUCCUGCGUGACGAGUGUGACAUCAGAAAACAGCCUCGAUGUAAUGGAUUCUUCCAACAUGCACGUAACAUCAACGUUUGCGGCAAACCCUCCGGUACUGUCACCAGAAAUCAAAAGGACUUCUAUAAGGAGGAAUAUUGAAAGAUACGUGCCUGAAAUCAAGUUGAAACCCGAUCCUCCUCCGCGAGUUUACCGUAAACCAAGUACGCACUUGGAGAUUCCUAAAAACGUUCGCCAGCCGUUGCCAUGCCAAUGGAGCACGUUGAAUAUAACAGAACGUACUAAGCCCAGUUUACAUUACCAUAUGCGCAUCUACCGUGAAAAUCUCCAAGACAAUAGCAAAGAAAGACAAUCACGUAAGCGCAUGCCCCGCAACUGUGAAUUGUUUGAAAAAGAAAUAAAACAAAGAGAAAAAGAUGAGAGAGCUUGUGCGCGGAAAUCGAGAUCUCGCAGCGAAGAUAUGUCAAAAACGCAGAAGGGUUUAUCCGAAGCCCAAUCUGGGUUUGUGGUGUACCGCUCAGACUUGUAUGCCCAUUGGUGGAUGAAAGCAAAAUUACCUAUUACCGUGGUCACCGACUCAGAUGGCCAUGAGCGACAGCAAUAACUCAGACUUAACCUCCGGACUCACAAGUCACAAAAGAUCCCACUCAUUCAACAAUCAUCAAAGCUACACUCAACAUACGCAGCACACGCAGAAAAAUAAACAAAAGAAUCAGUCUGCGCGGUGGCUAUUAAAUUCCUGUGACUCC